UUUGUUUCUCUCUCUCCACGCCCAUUUUACAGCUAUGGUUUUGGAAGUGCUGGGAAUGAGAAAUUUAAGAUCCCUCCAGAUGCAGAGCUGCAGUAUGAAGUGAAACUCAAAAGUUUUGAAAAGGCUAAGGAGUCCUGGGAAAUGAACACAGAUGAGAAGUUGGAACAGAGCAGCAUUGUGAAGGAGAGGGGCACUCAGUACUUCAAGGAGGGGAAAUACAAGCGGGCAGCUUUGCAGUAUAAGAAGAUUGUGUCAUGGCUGGAGCAUGAGUCGGGACUCCCUGAGGAAGAGGAAUCAAAAGCCAAAAGCCUGAGGCUUGCUGCUCACCUUAACUUAGCUAUGUGCCAUCUCAAGCUAAAGGAGUACUCCCAGGCUUUGGAGAACUGUAACAAGGCACUUGAAUUGGAUAGCAACAAUGAAAAAGGCCUCUUCCGUCGUGGAGAAGCUCACUUGGCUGUCAAUGACUUUGAGCUGGCUCGAGCAGAUUUCCAGAAAGUGAUACAACUUUAUCCAAGUAACAAAGCUGCCAAAGUGCAACUGGUGACUUGUCAGCAAAAAAUAAGGGAGCAGCAUGAGAAGGAGAAAAAGAUGUAUGCCAACAUGUUCCAAAGGCUCGCAGACAAAGACUUAAAGGUAAGUAACACUACUCCGAAGAUUACACGAGGUGGUGUUAUGUGUUAGACAAGGAACAGUGGC